UGGAACCACCAGAGCAGAGCAAACCACCAGUGGAAUACACGGACUUGGUGAGCCUACAAACAAUCAGGACAGAUAUGACAAACGAUCCGAAGCAAAAAGCCAACAAUGCGGCUAACAGUGACGGCGAAGAAGAAGAGGACGUGUUUCACGAUGCGCGCUUCCCAGCUGAAGAAGAAACGCGACUCUUAGAAGAAUCCCAUACCAUCAAAGCCGAAGCCAAUAAACUAUUUACCGCAGCGUGUUAUGACCAAGCUAUCUCGUGCUACGACCGCGCCCUCGCCUCAUGCCCCAACUACCUCGACUACGAAGUCGCCGUUCUGCGAAGCAACAUGGCCGCAUGUUAUCUGAAACUUGAAGACUGGAAAGCGUCUGUCGACUCAGCGACAGCAUGCAUCGAUCGCUUGGAUAAGGUGGUUCCUCCUGCGACAGGGGCAGCAGAUGCGGACGGUGUCAAGGGAAAGCAGCCGCAAGAAUCGAGUGGCGAAGACGCCGUCGUCGAGAUAACGGGUGACGAUGAUGAGGCCGAGGAAGAGCUGAAGCGGUUACAAAAGCAGGAUGAGAGGAAACGGGAUGUGCUGCGUAUUCGCGCAAAGGCGCUCAUGCGACGGGCGCGGGCGAAAAUGCAGCUCGGUGGCUGGGGGAACCUGCAAGGGGCGGAAGAGGAUUAUAAGGAGUUGGCUGCCAUGGAUAAUUUACCACCAGACGAUAAGCGUAUUGUGCAGAAGGCUCUUCGGGAGUUGCCUGCGAAGAUUGGUCAAGCGAGGGAGAAGGAGAUGGGGGAGAUGAUGGGGAAACUCAAGGAUCUGGGUAAUGGAUUCCUGAAGCCGUUCGGGCUGUCCACAGAUAACUUCAACUUUGUGCAGGAUCCGAAGACGGGUGGAUAUAGCAUGAACUUCCAGUCUUGAACUUCCAGUUGGUUGAUAUGCUGAUAGAUUGGCUUGUUAUGGUGCAUCGCGGAGUCUGGAUUUUUGAUAGUUGAGCGUCAUAUAAAUUAGUCGUAAUCUCACGCCAGACAUGGAAUUUCUUGGUAGACGAUA